ACAGCCCAGUUUUGAUUGUUUUUCUUUUUGAAGUUUUUUUCUCCCAAUAAUUGUCUCUCCCUGGUUCCGAUGCUUCCUUUGUUGGAUUUCUGGGUUGAUCUUUGGCUUUUCAGUUUUCAGUCGCCUCUUCCUCACUCUGCCUGCUCGAUCCCUUCUCUCUUUCUCUAACUACAAUAUAAACAAAACUGUAAAGCUUGAUUAUUUGAUUUUCUUUCAUCAAUAAUAUUAUUUCUCUUGUUUUUGGUAAAUUGUUGUCCUAAUUAAUCGAAGAUGGCGAGCACUCACGUGACUAAGCGAGCUAAGUAUAAGACCACAAUCAAGGAUCCAGGAACUCCCGGUACUCUUAGAAUGACGUUUGAGAAAAUUUUAUUUGUGCCUCAUAAUCCUAAAUCAGCUGGAAAGCUUGAUGUGGAGUUUCGAUACAUUAAAGGCCAAAAGCAUACGAAGGAAGGAUCAAAUAAGCCGCCAUGGCUUAAUCUUACUAACAAUCAGAAUGGGAGUUUCAUCUUUGAGUUCGAAAAUUAUUCAGAUCUCCAAGAAUGUCGAGAUUUUGUGGGAAAAGUUCUUGCAAAGGGUGGAGAAGUUUCUGAAAAACCGACUGUUGCAUAUCCUGAUGAGCAACUCAGUGCCGCUGAAAUGGAGCUGCGAAUUAAGUUAUUACAGGAAGAUAGUGAACUGCAGAAACUUCACAAGCAAUUUGUGCUAAGUGGUGUCCUCACAGAAACUGAGUUUUGGGCAACACGAAAGAAGUUGUUGGAUAGAGAAGCCAGCAAAAAGACAAAACAGCGGCUGGGUUUCAAAAGUGCAAUGAUUUCUGACAUCAAACCAUCAACUGAUGGUCGGACAAACAAAGUCACAUUUAAUUUGACACCGGAGGUCAUUCUUCAAAUAUUUGCGGAGAAGCCAGCUGUUCACCGUGCAUUCUUAAGUUAUGUUCCUAACAAGAUGUCAGAAAGGACUUUCUGGACAAAAUAUUUUAGAGCAGAAUACCUACAUAGUACGAAAAACAGUAUUGCUGCUGCAGCAGAGGCUGCUGAAGAUGAGGAACUUGCUGUAUUUCUAAAGCAGGAUGACAUAUUGGCAAGUGAGGCGCGGAAGAAGAUCCGGCGGGUUGACCCAACUCUGGACAUGGAGGCUGAUGAGGGUGAUGAUUAUACACAUCUUCCGGAUCAUGGGAUUUUACGUGAAGGUAGUAAGGAAAUGACAGAAUCACAAAAUGAGCUAUACAAAAGAUCUCUAUCCCAGGAUAUUAACCGGCAUGCUGCGGUUGUUCUUGAGGGAAGAGCUGUAGAUGUGGAGUUGGAAGACACGAAGGCUGUAGCAGAAGCACUUGCUCAGUCAAAACAGAAAUCAUCAAAUAAGGGAGAAUCUGAUGGGGAUACAAGCCGUGAGAGGUUAGAUAGGUUAUCAAGGAUGACUGAAAUAGAAGAUCUUCAGGGACCAAAUACUCUUCCACUAGCACCACUUUGCAUUAAGGACCCUCGAGAUUAUUUUGAUUCUCAACAAGCUAAUGCACUUAGAAGUUCUGGAGAUGCACUUGGUGAAAUUAAACAAAUAAAAUGCGGUUUGAGCACCCAGGAGGUGUAUGGUUCUUUAAGGGAGUCCAUCUCAUCGAUUAGAGCUAUGGGGUUGAAGGAGCCUAUUGUCAAACCUGAAGUUGCUCAUCAAGUUUUUGAUGCUUUGACCAAUAGUAUCUCCAACACCAAAUAUCAUAUUGGGAAAAAUCCUCAAGAGAGUGUUCUGGACAGACUUCCGAGGAAAACUAAGGAGGAGCUAUUGCAUCAUUGGACAUCAAUCCUUGAACUACUCAAACAUUUUUGGGCAUCAUAUCCUAUCACCACCACUUACCUCUAUGUGAAGGUAAACAGAUUAAAGGAUGCCAUGUCAAAUAUCUAUCCACAGCUAGAGUCCGCCAUAAAAUUCAGGAGAUUAAGGGAUCUGUCCCAUCAGAGCUUCGGCAUCAGGUUUCCCUCCUUGUUCGUCCAAUGCAUCAGGCUCUAGAUGCUGCUAUUCAACAUUAUGAAGCAAGCAUGCAGAAGAGAUCCGCACAAAGUGGAGAGAGACCAAACGGAUAUGUGUAGGGAAACAUUACUGUUGUCGCAAUACAUGUCUUCUUCUUGCAUACACCUGUAUAACUGCACCCCCAAUGUGGUGGGUGUUUUGCCGUCUAGGCUCUCAAAAAGAGCCAAAGAUCAAUUUUGUUACGGAUGGGGUUUUAAUUUUGCCCCUUUGACGUCAAAACAAACAUCACAGUUACAUAUGCAACAUUUUUCGGAAAUUACUCGAUGAGAAGAGCCUUGUGCAUCUUUUGUGGCAGGAUACUCUCAUCAAGCCUGAUUUCUUUCGAUUUGUAUUGCAAUAACUGAUUAGGGUUAAGUAUUUUGGUCUUCUCUAGCUAUGAGUAAUCCUUUAAGCUUUAAAUUCUAGCUGGAUUGAGCUAAACAUUUAAGACGAAAGUUCCAUCAAACAAGUGAAUUGUUUUUGAGUCUUGAGUUUUUUAA